UUGCUCUCUUUCUAUUCAUUUGAACGUUGAUGACUUGCAGCUCUGAUUUUCCUCAUUUUGUGAAUAGAUUUUUGUUCCGAUUUGUGUGGUAACUUAAUAAGUGCUAUUAAAAAAAAAAAAAGGAAUAAUGCGCAGCAUGUUUUCGAAUCGCUACGACAAAAAACGUAAUGAGUUCUACGAUAAUUAUGAAGCAGCCAGAGAACUGCAUCCGAGUUUGCCCUUGUACGAGCGGCCAGUGGAGCCGGACGAGUUAAUGGCCUUCACUCCAUCAGGCGGCAGGCGCUUGAAGUCCUAUCGCCAGAUGGCCAAUCAUUCGCGGGAGCAGCUGCUGAGCGACUCCUGGCUGUCCAGCCAUACACUGCCCAUAGCGGUGCGCCGCAAUCUCGAGCUGAGGAUUCAAAGUCUCCUGAUGCCGAGGUACGAUCCAACGGUGGCCACCCACGAAUUUAGCCAUAAUGGGAUACCACGUCGUGGUCGUCCUCCCUCCGCCGCCACGAUGGCCAAAUUUGCUUCCAAUUUUGCCGUUCAAGUUGGCGGAAUUCCUUGUCCUAUUAACGGCCAGAAUGAGGAUGAGGAUGAGGAUGAUAGCCAGGAGACGGAUGACUCCAAGGAUUCGGAAAGAAUACGAACUCAUCGAUGUCGUGGGCUACUACGACCCGGAAUCGACACCGGAGUCAGAUGUUGUCCUCAAUUUGGCCAAGUUCGAGCCACUGCAAGAGGCGGGCAAGCGGGACUGCGUAUAUGGGAAGGCCAAUAGACGUAAGAAAAUGAUCAAGGACCAAGGCCACAAUUUGUCUAAGGAUCUGCAGCAGGAACAUAACCAUUACCCUUCUCCGAUCCACGAUACCGAUACCGACGAGGACAAGGAAAAUAUCCCACUUAUUUUCA